AUGUCCUAUGUACACACAGAAGGCCUCUCCGGUGCUGAAUACUUGGCUUCGAUCUAUGGAACUGAAAAGGAUAAAGUCAAUUGCUCCUUCUAUUUCAAGAUUGGUGCCUGUCGACACGGCGAUAAAUGCUCGCGAACACAUCACGUCCCUCAAUUUUCCCAGACAAUCGUCUUAAAGAAUUUUUACCACAAUCCGGUUGUUGACAUUCGGCAAGCAGAUGCAUUUGAUAAAGUGGGAAAAAGAAACAAUCUGGAGCAGGAUUACUUUGACGACUUUUAUGAAGAAGUCUUUACGGAACUCGAAAAUAAGUAUGGUGAAAUUGAAGAAAUGAACGUGUGUGAGAACAUUGGGGAACAUAUGGUUGGGAAUGUCUACAUCAAAUUCGUGAAAGAAGAAGACGCCGAGAAAGCCUCCAAAGAUCUUAACGACAAUAGAUGGUUCAACGGCGAGCCAAUUUAUGCUGAACUUUCCCCGGUGACUGAUUUUCGAGAGGCUCGUUGUCGACAACACGAAGUGACUUCUUGCGGAAAAGGUGGUUUUUGUAACUUCAUGCAUCUCAAAGCGAUCAGUCCUCAGGUGGGAGCGAAAUUGUAUGGUCGACGAGGAAGAUUUGCUGAUUCAGCGGGGCAUUAUCCUUCACGGCGAGAAAAGUUUGAUCGAGAAAGUGGUGGUAGCCGACAUGGACGGGACAGGGAAAGGCGAAGAAGUCGGGAGAGAGACGAUCGUCGUUCUCGUUAU